UUAAAAAAAGUGCGUCGGUCAUUGGAAUACUUAAACAAAGCUCGUCUUCAAAGAAUCAUCAAUUUACUGGAUUAUGUAGAAGACCAAGGAUGGGCAGAUGGCAGUGCUAUAGGUUCCUUGAAUCAUGAGAUGAAUCGAAAUGGCGCUGCAUAUAUGCAUACUAUCCUUUUACUUAAAGAUAGUCUACACAAACAUUCCACAAACAAGAGCAGACUGCUGAGCUUGAUCAAGACCGCAAAAUGGUAUAACGACUUUGGAGAAGUUUAUCAAAAGAAAUUCGAGUUCGCAGGGACGACAGCCGACAGAAUGAUUACUAUAAUGCUGUUUCGGCUCAUCAUUGUUUUAGUGAUGCCUACAAGUUCUGAGGAAGAGAUAAAAGCCAGACAAAGAGAUAUGGACGCUGUUAAGAGAUGGAUGGACAACGCUUUGAAAAUCAACAAGGCGUUUGGAGGAGUUGUAAAGCCUGAUUACACUGGCUUCCACCACAUGGCGUUUUAUGGAUCGGCUUACAUACCGCAGGCAUUGCAUACAGCAUCACAACUGCAGUACCUUCUUGAAGGAACUGAUUUUGCCUUAUCGGCAUCAUCGAAAAGAAACCUACUAAAAUCACUCAAAACUCUGCGAGUUACAGCUGUGAAAUACUCUACGCCCAGUAGCGUAGGAGGACGCUUUACCGAGUACUUCAAAGCUGUUUUGGUGAAAAUACUCCCUGCAUACGCUUACAUCAGCGUAUCUCAUUCAAAAUCACUGGCCUCAACACCAAAAGCUGGCACAUCCGUGCCUGAUGUCACUAGCGAUGUGAAAAUGUUUCUACGUCUUUACCAACCUUCAGACGAUUUAAUUGUUAAUUAUCUCAAUGAUGGAACAAUUCGAAAAGGCAAAUCCUACAUGAAUACUCUGGGGUCUUUGGAAAUAAUGAGCCAAGUACGUAAGACUCGAAUUAUCUUAAUAUGUAUGCAACAAUUGUUGAGAUACCUAGAGCAUUACUAAUGAUGGAGUGCUUUCAUUCUUAUCAUCUUAUUGCACUCUCCAACGUUUUAGACCCACGUUAAUACACAUUCAUAUUGUGGCAGAAAGAAUAACUUCUCUUCAAUCAAUAGAGGAUCGGUGAAUAAUACAAAAGAACAACAAAAAGCAAAACAAAACAAACCCGAAUUUGCAAAGUUCCAGUCAUCAAUAGAUACUGCCUUUAAACUUUUGAGAUUCCUAUUGGAAUGACGCAAAAAGUGUUAAACACCCUAUAUGGCUGAUACGUCAAAAUUUAAUAGUCAAUAGCAUCUAGUGAAUUUUUCCGAAUUAUAGACUCUAACCAGUUAGACAUGUAGGUGAAUAUAACCCCAUGAUACCUGAUUUUUGUUUUAGGUAUGUUUAGAUAAGCUUGGUUCUCAAUCACAAGUAUAAAAUCGAGUAGUCCUCCGGACACAUUCCGUACUUUAUUAAGAAAUUAAUAAUAAUUAGUUUCUAUACAGUAACUUUAAGCUAUCAUUGCCAUAUUGUAGUCCGAUGAUGUUUAUCAAAAACCCUUUUUUGGUGACUAGGUGUUCCAGAAAGCCAGUGUAAAUAAGAAAAUGACCGCUGAGUCAUCUCCGGAGGGGCAUUGGUCCAAGAACUUUUCAGCUCUUUCUAUUCACCGUCGUGAAGACUGGGCAGUUACAGUGAAAGGCUUUAACAGAUUUGUGUGGGACUUUGAGCAGGGCAAGGUUCAAAAUUUGCACGGUAUUUUUCAAAGCCAUGGCCAGAUGAUUAUUGCUAAUGACGAGGAGUCGUUAAAGGCACAUGAUAUAGAGAACGGAUGGGACUGGACAAAAAUACCGGGAGCCACUACAAUGAAUCUAACCCUUUAUGAAACACUACUAAAGAAAGCGAGGUAUUUCAGUCCGCGAUCUUCAGCCGGAGGAGUUACCUUUAAAGGGCCAGAGCCCAUCGCGAGCGGACUCUUCACCAUGGACUUUCAUCAACCAGAUUACCAGUUCUUAAACGUAAGUGAUCGUCAUCGUAAUAUGAAACUCUACUUUAAAAAAUCCGUUUUCUUUUUCCAAAGCGUAUUGGUCUGCUUAGGCAGCAACAUCAAAAUUGAAAAUGGUCCUGGAAAAGAAGCACAGACAACUCUCUUUCAAGACAAGCUUCAAAGAGGUUCAUCGACCUUCACUAUUAAAGUAGACGGUGUAUCAAAGGGUAUGUCAGCUCCUUUCCCCGCUGAGACACCGGCUUUAAGUUCAGAGGGGUACAUCACUCUUACUGACACGAAAGGCAAUAGCUACUACAUUCCAAGUUCCAGUGCUUCGAGUCUCAAGGUUAAAGUUGAGAACCAAAGCUCUAAAACUCCAGCUGACAAGCCUUCUAGUGGUCAUUAUGCCACCGCCUGGUUUGAGCACAGUUCAUCCGAUGACAAAUACGAGUACGCGAUUUACGUUAAAACACCAUCGUAUCCCAAAUCUGCCAGCGAUGUUUGGAAAUCGCAGGCGACUCAUACCACGAGAAAAGUAUACACAGUUUUGAAACAGGACAACGAAGCGCAUGUGGUGAAAUUUGAGAUGACCACAGAACGCUGGAAUUGGAUUGACGCCCAGUAUGGUUAUGCAAUAUUCGGGUCCAUCAUGGAGCUCCCAGCCGAAGGUCCAGUCAAAGCUGUCAGCAAAGAUUGCCUCAUUAUGGCGAAAGAAGAUUCGAAGUUCCUUUAUUUGAGCAUCAGCUAUCCUGAUCUCGCAUUUCCUACGUCUAAGCCUUUGGAGAAAAUACAAGACAUAAAGGUGAAAGAGGAGUACAAAAUGGAGAGCGGAGACACCGAAGUGCAGGUGACGCUGAGAUAUGAUGUACUAAAGACCCUACCCACAAAAGCGCAUGCUCAUGGAUCUCCAGCAGAAUACUUGCCAAUAGUUCGGGUUGAGUCGCCAUCCUCGCCUAAAGCGAGCAAGGGAAAUAGAGUUGUCUUUGUCAACCUUAAAGAUGGAUUCAGCGUAGAAGUUAAGCUGAGGAAGUAG